AUGACAACAUUGAAACCAAUACCCGGAAAGAAAGGCAAAGAGCAAAUAUACUAUGAUGAGAUCCUUAAUGUCUACGGCAGUGAGGGAAUUAAUUUCAAUGAUGGUCACACCCCGUAUGAGGCUUUGGAAGCGCUAAAGAAGCACACGGACGACAAAAAAGCCCGGAAAGCCAAAGUAGUGGCUAAAGAUGACGCUCUGAUGUUUAAGAAGAAGGGCGCGUAUAGCGCUUUGAAAUUGAAGGAGGUGCCCUAUGAUGCAGUGAAGAGCUUCUACCAAUUCUCGGAAAAACCUAAUUUUGUGGUGAUUGGCAUUCGGGGCAAGGGUAUACCUAAACAAUACAUCGUUCUUUCAGCCCCCAAAGCAGAUAAGCUGAGUAAGCUCUUCGAUGUGCUGCAAAUAUCUCAAUGGGCUCCAGAACAUAAAAUAAACAUGCCAGUGCCCCCGGUGAAUACUGCAUCAAUUGUUGUUACUGGAGGUGCCUCCGAAAGUUCGGCUUUACAAACCCCUUCAGCGAGCCCUGCUCCUCCUCCAUUUGAAAAUAGUAGGUCAGCGACAUCACAUUCAUCACCUGCUCUACGACGUCAACCGUUUGACCCCCCUACAGAAACUUCUAGACCCAUAUCCUCUCGAUCCACAAUCACACCUUCUCCAAGCCCACAACGUCAACCAUUGCGUACAGGAACAAUAUCUAGAACUUCAGCAACCUCCCACAUUUCAGAACAGUUUGUGGCUCCUCGCUCAAGCUGUCACCAGUGUGUUACUCGAUCAAUGUCACAUUCUUCAUCUUUGUCUAGAACCAAACCAACUCCCACUUCAACACGAGAAUAUACAAACCAAAGAUCGGUUUCGUUGAGUAGAACCUCAAGCUCUACAACCCUAACUCCUCAAGUUCCACAAUCCAUAACCACUCCAACUUCUAUUCUUGUUUCUCGUGAACAGCCUGUGGAAUACAGUGAAACGAAAGACCAGUUUGUAGUCUACAAACCGAGGCAAGGUAUGACCACAAGACGCAAGUCUUUGGAGCUCAGUGGAUUAGAAAAACGGAAUGUCAACUACUCUAGCUCCAGUAGUUCAUCGGACGAAGGUGAAGAUAUCAAAGCUCGUUCGGUCUUGAAAAAGUCUGAACGGUCCAAUGGAGGUGCCUUGCCCUAUUCUGCACGUAGAGAUAAGCAAAAACCAAAGAAUAAAUCAGUUCCUGAAAUGUCUCGGAAGGAUGUGGGAAAGUUAUCUUCAAAGAUCUACUACUUCCAUGUGGAUAGGGAAAAUUUCAGCAGCAGUGACAGUGACAGCGACAGCAUGGCUGAAGAUGCCUACAUAAUAAGAAGUGCUAGCGAAAAACCGAGGUCCCACAGAGCUCCACCAAAGAGGCGAAACCGGAGUUCUAGCUCUUCUUCCUCUGUGUCAUCUUCGUCGUCAUUAGAUAAUCGGAAGUCUAGGCCGUUUACAAUCUACCGCAUUGUGCAGUACUGA